CAAUUCGGAGCAGAUACAUCGAGCUGCGGGUAUGAUGGUAGUGUAAUGUAGAGCAAAAUGCAUUGCAAAAUGCAAAUAAUAAGUAUCGUCGAGCAGUUUCUCGUAUAUUUCAUGUAUUUCGUAAGCAUUCGUGAAUGUAAGUAAUUUGUAAGCAACUCGCGGAACUUUUUCAAUCAACACGAAAUAAUUUUGUCGUCGCGUUAUUAUCGUACGUUCGAAAGAAUCUCAUGUGCCGCGAAGCACACUCGGUCGUUCCGUUUUACCGUGUCGAUAUACCGCCGCUGACCAACAAGCGUAAACGAUGCCAGCGAGUUACGUAAAACGAAGGACACGAGUUUCGAUGUUCCCUAUCGAUAUAGACUUCCGAUGUUUAUUCAAUUAUAGUCGUUGUGACACCGUGGGAAAAACAUUUCUCAAAGGGCUAUGAGCUUUCUGAAUAAUAAACGAAAGAUUUCCUCUGUUUUCAUUAUUUUAUUAAAAUAAUAUCUUAUUGAAACGCGACGGAGGACAAUGAGCUUACGGUAUGGGGAAAAAGUCGAAAAUAUUUAUUAUCCCGAAUCAAAAUUGUCACGUCAAGCAAAUCAAAAGUCCGCUGAAGAUGCGUGAAGAAAUUAUCCCACGUCACUGCUAUAAACAAGCGCAACUUUCAUAGAUUAUAAUGCAAGUGAAAUUUGUUAUUAAUAUUCAUGACGAUCGUAAAUUCAGAUAUCUCGAUUGCUAUUCGAAACAAGACCUAUGUCAAUACACCAAUCAUACAUUUCUCGCUUGCAAUUUUAUCGUAUAAUUAUCUUGAUUACCUGCGUGCACCCGAAUAAUUUAAUACUACAUCAUUUAGCGACUGUUAACAGCGAGCGAACUUGCCUUUUGAAGCGAUAGGUAUCUGUUUAGCGGUUGAUAUCGAGCACUUCGUCGUCGUCGUUGAUAACGACGUCGUCGAAGGCCAAAUUUAUGUCACCGGCCGGCAAACGUGCAAUCAGACAACGUAGAGCUUCAACACAACACCAGGCAAUCGUUUGCCGACCUCGCCACCAUUUUUUUUUUUACUUCACGACAACGCAAGUGAAUGGAUGGAUGCGCGCACCGGUAUUUUCCCAGGCGCAUCCGAUCGUUCGUUCGAUCAGGUGGGCGGAUGGCGCGACUGGGGAUAUGCCCCUCUGCUCUCUUCCACGUUUGUAUAUCCGUCGUCGCGACUCGGCAGACGCGAUCGCUUUUCAUUUCGUUACGGAUCUGCCUCGCAAUCGGUUAGUGGGACGGCAGCCUCGCGUCGAUCUCGCUUUCUGUUCGCUCUCGCGUAGGAACGAACCGAGAGUGAACCGUUCUAGCGUUAAUAACUGGAUGAUGUCGAGAAUCACGUGAAGCUGAAGUCGCGGAUACGCACCGAUCCUUGCUUUAACCAGUCGGCGAUGCGCCUCGCAUACCAGCCAAGUGCGAUAAUCGUUACGAGAGAGAGAUGAACGACGGAAAGGCGUUUGCGUAAUAGCGUACAGGUAAAUCAUUGGCGCGAAUGCAGCAGGGAAUGUCGUUGCAGAAUUGAUAGAAUUAAUCGGGGAGUCCCUGAAGCAAUUUCUUGCAGUAGACUUUGUUUUGUCGCGUUCAAAGGCGUAAAAUGACUGUGGCGACGAUGCUACGUUUCGCCGGCACGAUUUUCAUCUUCUGCCUCGUCGUGAGCACAGGUUGGUCCUACGACUGUUCGAAUCAAGAUACAGGAUGGGAGAAGGUUACCGGAGCCAAGCCAACAAAUGCUGUUGAAAGUCUAUUGUACAGAAACGGUGCCAUAGGAAACAACGGUAUCGUUGCGCCCUGCUUCGACAGGUGUAAAAGUCAGAAUUGCACGGCGUUUGUGAUCGACUUCUCGAGGAACAUUUGUUACAGCGUGAAGGUGAACGGCAACGAAUUCGUUCCCGAAUCUAACGCUACUUUCUUUCAUAAAAUCUGCAUUAGAGUUCCUCCCAGUUGCAAACAGCAGAGGUUGUGGCAAGUGGAGAGAACCUUAGGAGCUAUUUUUAAAGAUGGACAAGUCGAAGUGUACCACGAGUACUUACGGAGAAGCCAAUGUUACGAGAAGUGUCUGCAAGCAGGCGACGAGUGUGGCUCCGCGCAAUUCCGUACGAUUCCUUUGUCGAUCGAUAAUACCCUCGGCAAAUGUUCGUUAUCGAGGCUCGAGAGAGGCAUUAGACCGCAGGCCUACAGAUCAUCGAUGUAUCGGGAUGAAUAUCUGCAAUCUCAGUGCCAUAACAUAUCGAAGAGGAGCUAUUGUUCCUACGCGGAAUUUCGGAACGUAACAUUGCCAUAUUCGGACGUAGCGCUACCGGGACUCGACGCCAAACGGUGCGAGGAGAGGUGCGAUCGUGGCGAGGACGGUUUCAUCUGCAGGGCAUAUACCGUUGAUUAUAACGAGGACAGAGUGUUCUGUUUGCUGCACUCGGACGACACGAUCGCUCUCGGAGUCAGUGCGUUGAUCCCUGCGCCCAACGUGAUCUACAAGGAACGAGAGGCCUGUCUGGAUUUGAGGGUGCAAUGCGGCGAAUCGAACAUGACGGUGACGCUAACUACGACGGAACCCUUCGAGGGACGGAUGUACGUGAGUGGAUACGCGGAGACCUGCGGUGUUCACGGUGCCGGGGAAAACGUGACUGUACUGACACUGCCGCUGCCGAAGAGGGAACACGUCGGCAAAAUCGACAUCAUGUGCGGUCUGACACCCGCUUUCUCCAUCGACAGUCAAAAUCGAACGCAUACGUUAGUAUGGGCCGUUAUUGUGAUACAGUACAAUCCGAUUAUUCAACGAUUAGGAGAUCAGUCGGUGAAAGUUGGAUGUUCGUUGGACGAUCGCGAUCUCCCAGAACCGAGAAACGUAUCUGUUCACUCAAGUUUUUCUUUCUUGGACCCAAACGCAGGCGUGCCGCCGGUUGUAUCAACUGUAGUGAACUCGUCGUCGGAGCCGACGGUAACAAUGAGGAUACUUAACGAAGACAAUACGGAUGCCAUCGUUACCCAGUUGGGGCAAAAGUUAACGCUCAGAAUAGAAAUCCAUCCUGCGAACGGUCCUUAUGACAUCAAGGCCGGACAUCUCGUUGCUAGUAGCUCAACUGGAAGUUCUUCAUAUCUUCUUCUUAGUGAAUCCGGAUGCCCGAUAGAUUCGGCGACUUUCCCGGCGCUUUUGAAAGAUCCAACGGACAAUCGUUCCUUAGUUGCAGCAUUCACUGCCUUCAAAUUUCCCGAUAGUCAAAUCGUCCGAUUCAACGUCAUAGUCAAGUUCUGCUUCGAGAUGUGCGAGCCAACUAUAUGCGGAGGAGGAAAUAUCUCAUAUGGCAAGAGACGACGAUCGGUCGAGGAAACGACUACGGUCAGUGGCGAGGUAAUGGAAAUUUUCAAGAACCUCACGCCCACGGAAAUGCCAUUACAAUUGUCUAUCGUUGUUCAAAGUCCAAUGAUAACGGCGGACCAUUUGAUGUCCAGGGAAAAUCCAGUUCCUGACACAGUGUUAAUUGCCGGCGAAAAAGCAGAACUGCGGAGCACUAACGGCAACUGUUUUCCCAGGAUCUCUAGACGGCCUCUUCUGCGUAGACGCGAGUUUGGCUCUGGGCCUUUUGAUCUUCUGGCUGAUCAUCCAAAUUGUACUCACCGUCGGCUGCCUCCUGACGGUUGGCCGCUACAGGCGGAUGGCUGUGGAGGCGGAAGAAGACCGAGCCGAGAUACUGGCGAGGCAUCUUUACGGGAUUCACGGAGGGAACUUUGAGAUUGCAAGACGAGUCAGAUGGGCCGAUCGGAACGGCUCCUCGAACGGAUGAUCGUUCUUACUUCUCCGUCAACUUUUUCUAAGCGGAAACAGAUCUGUAUCUCAUGACCGAACUAUCAUAGCUACGAGACUCUGCUUUUACGUACUUAAAAUACGUACCUGAGCGUUUCAAUAAAAUAUUAUGCUUUUUGUAAAAUA